CAGGUGUUAAAUAAAACAGCUUUAAUAAGCUCUUGUUUUAUUUAAGAAACAAGAGUCUGAAUACAACGUUCGAUAAUAAGUAAAUUUAUAAUAUUUUUGGCGAUAAAAACUUUAAUGUUUUGAUAUAUGGUAACACCAUUAAUGGAUCGAUGUUUCUCCAGCUCACCAACCUGGUGAAUAUAGUCAACAUCGUAGAUCUACUUGCCCUAGUGAACAACAACAACAAUCUAAACAUAAACAUUCGUGGAAAUUUGUGCUGCGUACACAUAGCAAACUAAUCGAGCAUAAAAUAAAAAAUACAAAAAUAAUCAUAUUGUCUGCAGCAUGGACCAGGAAGAAGAAGCUGUAGCGGAACGCGCCGGUUCGUCAGCGUGCAAACGACAGAAGCGCAACAAUUCCGCAGGCGACGCUGUUGAUGGUGAAACUGAAACUGCGACUGACGCAGCAGCAGAGGAAGCACCAGCUGCUGCAGCGCCGGUAGCUGCAUCGACUCCAGCGACAAAUGUGGAUGCAUCCGCUUUAUCUGAGAUGGACAUAAUAUUGCUUGGUUUUGCGAAAAAUAGAAAGGAGGCAGACAACGUCGCAAAUAAACACAAAAACAAUAAUAACAACAGUGGGGCGGAUGACAACACAUUAGAAACGCAACCAACUAACGAGACUGCGCCGACAUCAUCUACAACAACAACAGUAACAGCAACAACGACAACAGAUGCUAAUGAUGAUGACGCAGUUGCCAGCGAUGCAGCUGAUGAACUGCAAGUUAUUGAUGUCGAGCCUGAUUUUUCAGAGAUGUUGUUCAAUCGUCCGCGCAUUCUUAGCACACGCUCUUACCGCUCUGUGCUAACGUCAAGCAGCAGUAGCAGCAACAGCAACGACAGCAGCCCUGCAAACGAUGAUCAUAAUUAUUCGACUAACACAAGUGACACAAAUGUCGACGAUGACGAUGUCGAUGAGGUCGCCGAUUCCUCGGACGCUGACGAACAAGAAUCGCCGGUAUUGGUGCCACCAGCAGAUGACGACAGCAGCUCUGAUUCGAGCAUGGCCAUCUGGAAUCGUUAUGAGACAUCCAGCAAUGAUCCUGAUUCCGACGAUGCCUAUAUACCGACGAAUCCAAAUGAUAAGCUGCAAGUGGACACAGCUGUCGACAAUAUCAUGGGCAAACCGAAGCCGGCGUAUGGGUUAAAUCUGGUGGAUCAGCUAAUGUAUCGCGAGCACAAUAUUAUGAAUCGUAUUGAUUGGCGCGGCGGACACACUUCAGGCAUGAAUUUCAUUCAAAACUAUUAUGGAUCGCGUCAGGUGGUGGAGCGUAUGUCGCUCACCAAGAAUAUGUCGUUCCAUUUGGGCUGUGUUAACUCUUUGAAUUUUAAUCGUUCGGGCGAUCUUUUAUGCUCCGGCUCCGAUGAUCUCUCCAUCAUUGUGUGGGACUGGGCCAGUGGCAAGCCACGGCAAAUCAUACGCUCGGGCCACACGCUUAACAUAUUCCAAACGAAGUUCUUGGACAGCGCCGGCUGCCUGGACAUCGUCUCCUCCAGUCGCGAUGGUCAAGUGCGUCGUGCCGUCAUCCCGCCAUCGGGAGCUAGUAAAAUCAAACCAAUGCGUCUCUAUAGUCACGCCGAAGCUGUGCACAAGCUGGUUGUAGUGCCGCACAGUCGCCAUGAGAUCAUUAGCGUUGGUGAGGAUGCGGCCGUUAAGCACUUUGAUCUGCGUAACAACAAGGUGACAUCAAUGCUGCGUUGCACGGACAAUAAGCGACGCGUGCGUCUCUUCAGCAUUGCUCAUCAUCCGUUUGCGCCGGAGUUUUGUAUCAGCGGAUCGGAUGAUAAACUCCGGGUCUACGACAAGCGGCAGCUGAAUAAACCCGUACACGAGAUGACACCCAAAGAUAUUAAAGAUGAAAAGAUUACACAGAUUACAUGCGCCGUGUACAAUCACAGCGGCAGCGAGAUUCUCGCAUCCUACAGCGAUGCGGGCAUCUAUCUCUAUGACAGUCGCAACUACAAGGAUGGCGAAUACUUGCACUCCUACGAAGGUCAUAUUAAUAGUCGCACUAUUAAAGGUGUCAACUUCUUUGGACCACGUUCUGAGUACGUGGUUAGCGGCAGCGACUGUGGCAACAUUUUCUUUUGGGAUAAGAACACUGAGGCUGUGAUCAACUUAAAGAAGGGCGAUCUUUCUGGCGUUGUCAAUUGCUUGGAACCGCAUCCAUGGAUGCCUGUGCUGGCCACUUCGGGAUUGGAGCACAAAGUCAAGAUUUGGACACCUUCUGGCUUGCCAGAAGCUUUGCCCAAACCGGAAGUACUCAAGGAAACGUUGCAGCGCAACUUUAGGCGUAGCAUUCUGGAUCUGGGCGAGUUUGAUAUCAAUCACAUACACUACUUUAUACGCCAGCUCAUCGAUCCUCGUCUCGGUAGCUCAGCUGGAGCUCGCGCGGGUGCCGAUCCGGCAAGGAGAUACAGUAGUAGCAGUAGUGACAGCAGCAGUAAUCCAAAUUCACCGCCUGGUGGUGGUGGACAACCAAGUAGCUCGGAUGAAGGAAAUCCCAAUCCAAUGGGCUGCAACACUCAAUGAUUUUUAUAACACACCAACCACACCCACACACACAGUCUCCAAAGCCGAAUUUUUGUACAUUUUAGUUUGAUGGCUUUGUUGUUUUGUUUUUGUAAUGGACUUGAGAAGUCCUCCAGGAGCCAUGCGUACACACACGAAAUUGAAAACGGUUCAACAAAAGCAUACACAUGUGUAUGCUGUUUUUAAUUUGUAUCUAUGUGCUUGAGACUAUCUCAAUGCUUUGCGUUUCGAAAUCUGUGAAUAUACAAAUAAGCGCGCCUAUAUUCUAAUAUUGAAGAUUAACACAUGUAAAGGAAUAUAUGAAUGUUUCAUUCAGUUGUAUAA